CCUACUUAUGACUUAUGUUUUUUUACCAGCGCUCCACAAGAGCAACACGACAAUCAGGAAGCAAGUGUUCGAGCUCCUCUCAGCGCUGUGUGUGUACAAUGCAGAUGGCUACGCCACGGCUCUCGAGGCUCUCAACAAUUAUAAGGAGAUGCGGCAGGAGCGCUACCGCUUCAAGGUGGUGGUAGAUGAGUUACGGAGCCCGGCCAGCGUUGAGUACAAGACGGUGGUGGUGGCCUUCAUCAACUGCAUCAUCAUCUCCACUACCGAGCUACAGGCCAGGAUAUCCAUACGCAAUGAGUUCAUCGGCCUUAAAGUUUUGGAUGCCCUCAAUCAACUUCGACGCUACGCGAGCAAGGAUCGGGACCUGGCAGUGCAGCUGGACGUGUUCGACGAGCAGCGCGACACUGACGAGGCGCAGAUCACGGGGCCCGACGGUGUGGACCUCACCAGCCACGUCGACGUCUUCUACGCCAUACUCCGACAGGUGGUAGAGACCCCCCAGGAAGGCCCGUUCCUGAACGUCCUUCAGCAUCUUUUGCGCAUAGACCCUCGUGACCGCAUCAGCGACGUCAUGUGGAGCACCGCCGAGCGCCUCAUGCAUCGCGUCACGCUCCUGGACGACGCGCAGGACACGGCGCGUCUCCUACGGGCGCCGUCCUCCCGCAACCUCGCGCCCAACAAGAGCGGGUCGUCCGGCAGGUGCCUCUGCUCCUGUCACAGAGAGACCACGCCUGUCGCCAACUCCCCAACUUCUGCAGGCUCGCCGCCCCUUACGGGUGGACCUCCUCCACCACCUCCGCCUCCUGGAGGAAAUAUUCCACCACCUCCAGGAGGAGCUCCUCCACCUCCUCCACUGCCUGGUGGUGCUCCUCCCCCUCCACGACCACCUGGUAGUGGUCCUCCGCCUCCACCACCACCUGGUGGGGCACCUCCUCCUCCCCCACCUCCCGGUGGUGUUCCACCACCGCCACCGUUUGGUGGUCCUCCUCCUCCUCCACCUGGAAGUCCUGCGCUGGGGCUGAAAAGAACCGCGGCGCCUCCUGCCCCAGCCGCACCUGAUGUGCGACUCCCACAAAUGGACACGCCAAAGCCGCGCUCCAAAAUGAAGACCUUCAACUGGAACAAGAUACCGAACUCUAAAGUGGUGGGAAAUAACAAUGUCUGGACGAAGCUGGCCGUGCGUCAUGAGAAGCUGUCACCCACGUCCACUCUUGACUGGGAGGAGCUCGAGGGCCUCUUCUGCCUACAGACACCGCAGGCGCCUCCUGCUGGGGGCAAGACAGCGCCUGGCACUCCCGGGGAGGAAAACAAAUCGCAAAACUCUCAGAUCAAUUUAUUGGACGGCAAACGCAGCCUGAACGUCAAUAUAUUCCUACGACAGUUCCGAGUACCCAACGAAGAAAUUCUGGAGCUUCUGCGCGAAGGCGACCACGCCGAAUUCGGCGCGGAAAAGCUACGCAAUUUGCUCAAACUUCUGCCGAGUCCCGACGAGGCUGAGAUGCUCAGGAACUUUGACGGCCCCUGCAAUAAACUUGGGAAGGCAGAACAGUUCCUAAUAGCGCUCAUGAAACUGCCUCAGUAUAAGCUGCGGAUCGAGGCGCUGCUACUGAAGGAAGAAUUCGAAUCAACACUGGAUCAGAUUGACCCGAGUAUUAACGCUAUUAUCUACGCUGGCCGGGAUCUCAUCACAAACACCAAACUCCACGAGAUUCUCUACAUGGUCCUUGUGGCUGGCAAUUUCCUUAAUAACGGCGGUUACGCAGGAGACGCGGCCGGCAUGAAGCUGUCGUCGCUACAGAAGCUCACCGACAUUCGUGCGAACAAACCCGGCGUGAACCUCCUGCACUUCGUCGUACAGCAAGCGCAAAGGAAGAACCCCAACUUGCUCAAGUUCCCCGAGGAGAUGCCCUGCUUAGAAGAAGCGACCAAAGCGAGCAUGGUGACGCUACAGUCCGACCUGCUGCAGUUGGACGCGCGUGUGGAGCGACUGUCAACACAACUGCAAGCUCCAGGCACCCCAGCCCAACUCCUGGGUCAGAUGACGCCUUUCCUGCAGCAGGCGCGUCACGACAUCGACGCCCUCAAGCAAGGCAUUGCAGAGGCCGACAAAGUCCGGCUCGAAGUCGCCGCCUACUUCUGUGAAGACCCAAACACCUUCAAGCUCGAAGAGUGCUUCAAAAUCUUCAAUGCCUUCUGCUCCAAGUUCAAGGCAGCGACGGUUGAGAACAACCGUCGCAAGCAGCAGGAGGUCGAGGCUGAACAGCGGCGACGCGCCAGGGAAGACAACCUCGGAAAGAGACGCGUCUCGUCUCAGGGCGCCAGAGGUGGAGGCAGCGCCGCGCCUCGGCCGGCAUCGUACAGCGAGUCAGAGUCUGACCUGAACGCCUUGGAUGGUCUGGAGAGACCACAGCCUCCCUUACCGCACAUCAACGUCGCUGAAGUGCACUUCAACAGAGGUAAGAAAGGUAGAAAGCAGCUGGAAGCGCUGCAGCAGCAUAACGGUGGGCUCACUUCUGAAGACGAACCUUCGGUGUGCAACUCUCCUCGCCUAACUCGCCGCCGCGUGGGCUCCUUCAGCACACCAACCCAAUCCCUUGACCCUUACUCUGGAGCAGACCACUCUCCGGACGUCACGCCGAACGGCUCGCUACGACGCCGCAGGUCGCGGGUGCCGUCGGAGGAGGACGACCACAAACUCAUGGACUUCCUGGCCACCGGCGGACACGACCACACUCGCGAGAGGAAGGCCCUUAGCGUGGACGGCUACGGGUCCCUGGAUCGAUCGUUCGCCCGCCGCCCCCGCGGUGGCAGCAGAGGACGCGGCCAGUUGCUGUCGCCCUCCGUCGAUAUGAACGGCGCAUGCAGGCCGACGACUACUGACGAAGAACGUCGUAGUAACGGCGCCGUAGAGAGUGACAAAAAUCUGGACCCGGCAAGACCGAGCAAAAACUGGCGUCAGAAGAUCGAGUCUUGGUUCAAGGAGAACGAGAAGGAGGAGAAGCGCGCUGAGCUGAAGCGCCGCCUGCAGCACCACAGGAAAUCGCUGGACCUCGACAACGCCUCCUCCAUGGACUCGUCACCCGUGUGCCCGAGCCCCAGCCUGGGCACGCUGGUCGAACAUCACGACGACGCCCCUGAUAACCCGACGCCCUACCGCCGCGUGUACAAGGACUGGCGGCCGUCGGUCGACAAGACCGACGUCAUCGCAACCAUGGAGGCCAUCGCCGAAGUACAGUCGCCAGCAGGCAAGUCAGACCGCGACAAGUCGUCGUGGCGCAAGAGUAACCUUAAUGUCGCCAACUCGUGUGAAGAGGCCGUCCUAAACUGUGAUACUGAAGCGCCAACCGCCGCUCGUCGCCUUCGUCGCCAUAGAUCCCGACCCGCGGGCACUCCUGCUUCGCCUGAGGCAUCCAUAGACGGAGCAGAUGAUGCAGAGAGCCGCAGAUCCUCCCUCAUCCACGACCUGGGCCACACUGCGGACUCUGACACCAUCAAGCUGUACAUCAGGCACCCCUCCCAUGAAGGGAAAGCAUCUGACGGGCUUGCGGCCAGAACAGCGCCGGCCGCCAGUCUCCUGGACCAGUACAGACAGGCGGUCGACGUCUCGGCUGACAUGCUCAGGAACAUAGAGAAGGCGGAAUACGAUGAGCCUGAUGUUCCUCGAGACAUUACCGCUGGCGAGAAGCGGCGCGAGAAGAAGGCUUACCAGCGCACCAUGACUCCCGGUACUCUGCGCAAUGCACUGCAGGAUCGUCUGCGCAGUAACAUGGAUACCUCGCAUCUUGCAGGCACACUCAAGUCUUUGGAUGAAGAAGCUCCUGACGACCUUUGCAACGUUAACAAUUCUAACAUAGAAAACGAUCAAGUUAGGGGAGCUACCGUGAGCUUAGGUCGUCAGGCAUCUCUGCCUCGUCAUAUGAGGCAACUGUCACGGGAAGACGAAGGGGAUGAUAAGUACGACAUUGAUGCUGAAAACAUCGAGACGCCUCCCGUGACAAGGAGAGCCGAUGGCACACGGAGCUUUAAAUCACCCAAUGCCAAUAACUGGGUGGCACAAUCUACCGUGGACGAAGACCACGAGUUCGAAAAGCGAAGAGAAAAUCGCAAGUUCAGGAGCAUGACGAGCCAAGGAAGAAAGGCGCUUGUGGGAGAAGCAAUUCUCGACGGAGAGAAAAAUCGCAUGGGCGUGAGUGACGGAGAGGGUGAGGCUCCAAGCUCUCAUUUACCUUCACAAAGGCUGAUGAAAUUCAAGAAAUUGGCUGACCUGGCUAAAGAUGGCGACAGUGAAACGGAACAAAUGCUUUUCCGUCAAAAACAGAGCGAUGCUUGUGAUGAGUUGGGUGACGGAAAUUUCCAAAGGUUUGCAUCAGUGAGAAAAACCUUGCGCCACAAGAAAGGUGUUGACCGCUCUGAGGGAAAAGACAAUGAAGACCGUCAACCCGAAGCACGAAUGUUAAGCGAACCCGACGUGCCUGUGUCCGCGGUGCGGGAGACGCUAUCAACGAACAUUUUGGACGCUGCGCAAAGCGUUUCUAUCACAAGCAAUGCUGACGAUAAAGAUUCACGUCUAAAACGAUGGCAGAAAUUAAAAGAUUACAAGCUGGAUGCUGAUGAAAGUCAAGACGAGAGCUCCCUUAAGAACAAGAUUACGCGCAAGCUGUUCCCUAGUUCCGACAAGUACGAUGUUAAUAAAGCAACUCGCAGUAGCUUCCGCAACGACCCCAAGCCUCCUGCUUCAGAAAGACUGCAAAGGAAAAAUCAAGAUUCCUUCUUGGCCCGAGGCUCUGAAGCUCGCGGAUCAUUCCGUACUUUAAGCUCCUCCGCCACGGCUCCAUCUUUAAGAACGCGAAGAGGAGACAGGAUUCGAAGCGCCAUCGAUCCGAAUCACGUUAGAGAAGCCUUGGCAUCAGGUCUCCGUGUUCAGGAUGCAAGCCGGAGGCAGGGUGAAGCCAGACCCGGGUCCGUGAGAAAUGGCAGGGGCUCUUCAAAGGAUGAAAAAGAUGAAGGUUUUGAAGACACGAUCAGCCUCAAAUCAGAAAUUGCUAACCAGGAAUAUCACAAUGGAAAUUAUAUGAAUGAUCUAAAGGGCAUAAUUAGCCGCACUAGCAACGAUAACUCUAUUGAUGUGUCGCCAAAUAGCAAUAGAGUUGAUAAAUCCAGUUCCCAUGCCAGCCUUCGUUCGUCGCGGUCGUCUCUCGCUUCUGGGACGUCAGUAAAUACAGUUAAACCAGCCAGGCCUUUAUCAAACUCCCCGAGCAAUGCUAGUGUAGUUAGCAACCGGUCGGAUUCGGGCAAUAGAUCAAAAUUAUCAGAUUAUUCGUCUCCAUUUAAAAAUUUAACCAAAUCUUUAAGACGUGGUCUGGCUGCAGAGCCAAGCCACCUUGCGCCCACUCAGAACGGCCAAGCACGAACAUCAAGCACUUUUUACACUUCUAAUGGCCCCAUAUCUUCUCGACCUGUGUCUAGAAACGAUUCAAUUCGAUCUGUAGGUUCAAUAGGUAGGCAGUCAAGUGAUGGUUCUGUACGUAAAGCACCAACGCGCAGUGUAUCCAACGCUUCUAGUUCUCGCUUGAUAACUACAACCAAGCGGCCGUUGGUACCAGUUCAGCCUCGAGCUGCAACUCUAAAUUCCAAGAUAACUCAGCCGCGAUCAGUGAGCUCUAGCUCCGCUAAAGUUAAGCGAGGAGAUUCGGGAAGCUCAAAAGAAAACCUUUCUAGAUCAAAUUCCGGCAACAGUCGUUCUGGCACCACACGAGCGACUCCGACGCCGCGGGCAUCGGUAUCUGGGUCUCGAGACAAAGCCCCUCUUUCGGAAAAAUUAUCAAGCCUUCGAGCGGUGCCUACGAAAACGAGUACCAGCAUCAGCACUCGGAAAACAGUGUCGACUACACCUCCGGCAGCGCCAGGCUGCAGCAGAACCCUGCCCGCCUUCAUGCGCCCCACUACCUCUUCAACAUCAAAAACUUCUGACUCGGGCGAACCCGUACGUAAAAAUCGGGUUUCAUCCCGAUCGCUUAAUCCGACACCUGGCAGAACCCUAGUAAAAUAAUCAGUCGUUUCUUAUUAUUCGUUCAAAUAAGUGUGCCGUUAGUUCAUGGCCUACGAUUCAUCUAUAUAGAAAAUUUUCUAAUACUCCGCGUAGGUUUCUGUGUAGCUCGAACUUGUAAUAAUUCGCUUGCCUCCAAAGCAAUUUAGUAUUGCGAGUUGGUGCAUGGUGUGCUGUACAUGAACAUGAUAAACUCCCCAGAAUCUAACCAGAUUUCAUGGGAAGAGAUUAUCUGCGAAUAGUUUGAUAGAAGCGCCAAAGACAUCCACUUGAGUCGUUCGUUCAUUUUCUCGAAGAAAUAUUUGGAUAAAGUUAUGGUGUUGAAUUUUUUACCCGACUCAUGGAAUGAGUCAUAAUUUUAGGUCAGGUAGUGUUUUUCAUUUUACCGUUUGUAAAUGUCUGUAAAUUGCAUGAUAAUAUGCAGUCAAUUAUUUACUGUAUUUUUAUAACAAUGUAUCUACUAACCUGAAUGAGUAAGUUAGCUGCAGUCAUAAAUUUGACUCCUGGCAUCAAAACGAUGAUACAAUCGAAGAUUUAUAGUUGAAACUAUUGCAUUAAUUUUACCACAAUUCAGAGUUUAAUUUCUUUAUCAGUUUUCAAGUUUAUUUACUUCAUGUUAAGUUGAGUGAUGAAAUUGAUAGCAAUUCACUUCUAUUGUACGGUCAUUAAACUUACGUCAAUCACCUUCAAAGUUCACCGCGCCAGAGUGUGAACGAAGGUUUCCUGCCGUUUGUCUCCACUUUACGUUGUUAUUUACCCAAAAUGUAUCACUCGUUGUAAAUUUGCCUAAUUUAAAAACACGUCGAAAACAUCGCAGACGCCAAGCAUGUUGAAUUUCAGAACAGUAAUGGAAAUGAAAUGCAAAUGAAAACUGAAAGGCACCCGGGUUGACGUUAGCCAAUGAAAUAGCGUUCUUAAUCCUAAGUUAUUAAGCCAUCUUCAUUCGGAGAACUGCGGUCAACAAUCAUUUUAGAAAAUCAUGUCGGAUAAUCAUGUCGGUCAAGCUAAAAAUUGCCUUAAUACUAAUAAUUGAAUAGCCUUAUUUAUUAGGUGAACUUUCGGCCUUGCUGCCUACCUUAUAACUGCUUAUUCUUGACACGAGUGGUUAUUGCAAGAAAACUUGCUUCCUCUACCGACUGAGUGACUCCCCGCAUCUUUGCAAUAAAAUUUCAUGCUUAUAA